AUGACAACCCUCAAGACAAUCAACAUCAUUCAGGACCAUCCUGCUAAAAACAUUUUAAAUACCUGUUUGUUAUCUCCUCCUCUGACACCCACCGAGCCAAAGGCUGUCUAUUCUUCACCAUGGCAACCAUGUUCUCAUAUCCACUCCUGCAAGCCGCCAGGGAUCAAUUCCACAAAUACCCAAGCCCUGGUUGCACCUUUUGGCGACAGAAGAAAGCAAUUUGUUCAGGAUUAUUCCCGCAUGAUUGACUGCUUGAGAACAACACCAAAAUCAACAAAAAGAGCAACAAUUGAUCUCAAAAAGUCAGAUCGAUUUGAAAGCAAGUGUAGGCAUGAUCAAGUUUUUUCUCUGGAUGUCUAUGGAUCCUUGGCUUCUAGUCUUGGCAAAAAGAUCAAGGCCACUUCAACAUUUGGCUCUAAAUCCUCAAGCUCGAACGAAAUCAGAAUUAAUUCCAUGGCUGCAAUAAUGACCGACAACAGUACAGGCGGCAAGAGAAACGGAGGUCGUUCCUGUGGCAUGUUGGACAAAGACGCUGUGCAUCCUGCCCUAAAGAGAAAGCACUCAAUGUCCGACAAACCCGCCACUAAAAAGAAGACGAGUCGUGUUUCAAGGGCCAAGCCGAACCUAUCCAGCCUCCCAGUGGCUUCAAAUGAAAGUCUGCCGAGCCCAGCAUUGACUAGGAAAGAGAAGCUUGACCUUGCAGCCGUCUUUGAUACAGUGGACAUUGAUAUCGAAGAUGAUGUUUAUUUCCCGUCGUCAUGGAUACCGCAACCCGAGGCUUUGGAUCACAUUCAGGUCAAGGUGUCCUGGAAAGGUGCCUCACUCCAAAUCACUAAUCAGCCUUACUUUCAUCGCCUGCAUCCAGUCGAAGCUCGAAUUGCGUCUACUCUUCGCCUAAGCCCAAUUCAGUACAUUCGCUGUAAACGUGUUCUUAUUAGAGCUGCACAAGACUAUGGUGAGAAAGACACACCGUUUCGAAAGUCAGAUGCCCAAAAGUUGUGCCGUGUUGAUGUCAACAAGACAAGUGCCCUCUGGACAGCCUUUGGCCAAUUGGGCUGGAUGGGACAACGAUGGCCCAACUAA